CGGUAGAGUAUUCAUGGCCUUUAUCCUUUUCUAGGUGCACAUCAUAAUGGGUUAUUUUGCACAAGUAAUGCCGCCGUCUAAAUUGCUGUACACUCCAGGGUAGUUUACGUGGACGCCUACUGCGCUUUAUCGACAGACGCAUUCGGAACGAUUCAAAACCGUACCAAAAUGCCGAACUGCAAAGAUAAAUUUUGAUAGCAGCCAUAAAACGAUGUCGGAGAGAUUGCCAGUAUGAUUAAUUAGGCUGCGCGACGUGUUUCUUUAAAACGGGGCGCCAGACGACUAACUACAAGUCCAAACUACGGAAACCGAAUCACCGGCCACAACCCGGCUACCAGAAGCUCGCUCGCUGAGAAACCAUUUUUUUUUUUUUCCACGUCGCUCACGAACGCUUUUCCAGCUCCCAUCGAACAAUAAGUACAGGAGAGUUGCGCCUGCACAAGCACCGGGGCAAGAAAUGCAAUAUGCCCAGAAUGCAGCGUUCGCACGGCGGAAGCCAUUGGUCAGAGUGCAAGGGUUGGGACACGUCAGCCGCUUGUACCUCCUCCUCCGUACCAGCUCAGUCACUGGACUAAGUUGAACCACGUUAGACCGGUUAUUGUGGAACAAAAUAUACCAGUACGAGCGAAUGUACCAGUGGAUUCCGCGGAGCAAAAGGUUGGGUUGGAAGUAUCCUCGUAUCCUUGGCCCGGGCGUUCACUUACAUGGCAGUACAUAACAGGGUCUCCGUUCGGCUAGGUUAGAGCUGUGGCGAUCUCUCUUCCUCCUUCUGGUACGGUUAGCGCCGGCCUCCUCUUGUCGCCAUGAAGAUCAUUAAGAAACUCCUGCCGCUUAAAGCUCAUUAUUUCUUCUUCCUGGGGUGCAUGUCCCCCGUCCUGCCCUUCCUGAUGGUGGUGGCGCUGCAGCUGGGGAUCCCCGUGUCGGUACAGGGCACCAUCUACGCCACGUCCCUCCUCCUGACGGUGCUGGGCAAGCCUCUCAUCGCCGCCCUGGCCGACUGCUUUCCCAGCUUCCGCAAGGCUAUCUUCCUCGUCGUCAUCACCAUCAUGGUCGUGUCCUACAGCUGCGUCAGGUUCAUCCCCCCUAUGAGAGAUCCGCCGGUCCUGCGGGGGAGGUUCGUCCUGGCUCCCGCCGGGCACCCUGGGAAGCCUUCCGCGCCUCCCUCUGCUCCUUCGUCCGGUUCUCUCUCUGUCUCUCCCUCGUCAUUGGUACUGACGUCGGGAAGCCAGGUCGAGGCAGGUCAGGAGGUCAUCGAGGGAGCAAAGCCAAUGCUCGUGACUCAGGAUGACGGUGGGUGCUUCAUCGCCAUGUCCUGGGACUGCAUAGCGACGUGCAACCAGCCCUGGGCCUGUCUCAACGGCAACAUGACCUCUGGCACUGACCUGAAGGCGACCCACGCCCCUAGUGACCUGGGCGACGCAGCGGCGGACGGAGGCGAGGCGGAGGGCGUUGCGUCUGAAGGGAGCUGGCUGGUGACGGCGCCCAACGCACGUUUCUACAGGCUCGAGGGUUCGGAUGCGCCGCCCAUGGAGCUUGUGGGUGUGAAUAUGACGCUGGAGUGUACAGGCGGGGAGUGGGAGGGAGACGCCUGCAUAUCAGCGUGGAGUUACGCGGAGUUUUGGCUGUAUUUUCUCCUCUUGAUCGUUGGUCAGCUGUGCUUCAACACGGCAAACUCCAUCACCGACGCCAUUGCUGUUGAUUCAGUGGGUGAAGGCGGGGCGUUCGGAGUGCAGCGAGCGUGGGGAACCGUCGGAUGGGGGCUGAUGGGCCCCAUUAGCGGCUACCUCAUCGACUGGUGGUCUGGGACUUCCAUUACCAAGGACUACACACCUGCCUUCCUCUUGGUCUUCUUGCUCGGCUCCGUUGACAUUCUCCUGUCGGCUGCCACGCUCAAGGUCCCAGAAAUGAAGUCAGACACCGCGAUGUUGAAGAACCUACGACCUCUUCUAAGUGACGUCCGGUUCUUCAUCUUCUGUUGCUUCGUCAUCAUGAACGGAUGUUUUGAUGGCGUCGUGGCCAACUUUAUAUUCAUCAUGCAAGAAGACAUGAGCCGAGGAACGUCGGCCAUGAGUUACAUGAAAUUUCUACAAGGAUUCACGUUAUUCGUUCAGUGUGCAAUCGAGGCGCCGUUCAUGUUCGUUUAUAGUUGGUUCCUCAGGAAGAUGGGGGCGCAGCAGGUAACCUCCCUCGUGUUCUUCCUGUACAUCUUCCGCCUCCUGGGUCUCUCGGUCGUGGGUGCCUACGGUCCCGCGUGGGCGACGCUGCUGGUGGAAUUCCUGAAUGGCCCUUGCUACGGUCUCGGGUACACCGCCAUCGUCGUCUACGCCUCCAAGAUCUCGCCUCCGGGCACGUCGAACACAGUGCAGAGCGUCGUGAAUAUUUGUUACGAGAGUUUCGGUGAGGUGGUUGGCUGAUUUUAAAAAAAAUAUUUUUAUUUAUUUAUUUAUUUUUUUCAUGGUUGUGUC